CAUGAGUCUGCUGGCGGGGCGGCGGCGGCGGAGCGAGUUGCACCUGCCCGAGCCGGAGCGGAAACGAAUCUGUAAAAGUUUGGAAACUACUCCACAGGACAUUGUUUGCCACCUACCAAGAAAAUAUUCUAUGGAUUACUGGGAUAUGGAACAGGAUUUGAAGCAGAAAAGGCCCGUGGACUUGUUUAGUCCUAAGAUUAUGAAAGAAAAGCCAAAUUCCAUGAAUUUUGCGUAUGUGCUUGUUAAUCAGAUAUUUCCGGAUAAUGAAACCGUAACUACUGCCCGGCCUUGCCCAAGAUGUAUUGCUGGAGAACCUGGGCACCUUGGCCAUAUUAUGUGUUUAUAGAAGAUCAGAGGACAUGGAUGCUCCUGGUUUGAAUAGCUGUAUUUCUCUGCACUCCUCAGAAACAU